CUUUGAGGCCCUUUAUUUACUUUUCCCACCGCCGUUUUUUAACACCGUAAUUAUAUAAACAGUGUCUGGCUUCAUCUUCAUUUAAUAUUGUUAGAAUGUUGUGGUGGAUUAUGUACAGCAAUUAAUCGAAAUUUGAUCGAAAUUAAAGGAGGCACAAUAUUUGUUAAAGCCUAAAUGUGUCAAAAUAUAAUUUUAGAUUCAAUAUUGUCUUGACCUACACAUCUUAUUCUACAGACUGAAGGGAACAUAUUUGUUUCUCACAGAUCUGCACAAAGUAAUCAUUUUAGGAAUGUUUUCGAAUGAAAAGAAUGAUGAGAUCAUGGCAGAUCUUGGCAUCAAAUCAGGAGACCAGGUGCUGAUUGUUUGGGCUCAGCCCUCGACACCAGCUGACCUGAAACAGUAUGCAGAAGAAGUGAGCGCCACCGUCGGUGCAGAUGGAAAAGUGUCAGUGGAAAAUAUGGAGAGACUGUUAAUGUCCUCUCAUCCAGCAUCUACCUUUGACUUUGUGUUGUCGUGCCCUCUGGCCGACAACUCCUCCAUCCACAGUUUAGAAACUCUAGCAGAGUUGGCCCGAGUGCUCAAACCUGGUGGGAAGCUUGUUCUGGAAGAAGCAGUUACUGAAGCUGAGAUGCAUCCUGUAAGGACUGCUGAGAAACUGAUAUCAGCUCUAAAGAUGUCCGGCUUUAUGUCAGUGGCAGAGGUCACUAGAGCAGAACUGAGUCCAGCAGCGUUGAGCUCGUUGAGGACAGCCACUGGUUACCAAGGGAACACCCUGUCUAGAGUCCGCAUGUCAGCCUCCAAACCCAACUAUGAGAUGGGAUCAUCCAGUCAGAUUAAACUGUCCUUUGGGAAGAAGACACCGAAACCUGCAGAGAAACCUGCUCUGGAUCCCAACACUGUCAAAAUGUGGACGCUCUCAGCCAAUGACAUGGAUGAUGAUGACGUGGAUCUGGUAGACUCUGAUGCUCUGCUGGAUGAAGAGGACAUAAAGAAGCCGGACCCAUCUUCUCUUCGAGCGCCCAGCUGUGGAGAGGGAGCUGGAAAGAAGAAAGCCUGCAAGAACUGCACAUGUGGUCUUGCUGAUGAGUUGGAGCAGGAGAGUAAAGGACAACAGAAGACAGAUCUACCUAAAUCUGCAUGUGGAAGUUGUUACCUUGGUGAUGCAUUCCGAUGUGCCAGCUGUCCGUAUUUGGGGAUGCCAUCAUUUAAACCAGGAGAGAAGAUUGUACUGGAAAACAACACACUGACAGACUCUUAAACCUCACGCUUCAUAACCGUACAUUCCUCCUUUUCCCACUCAUCCUGUGAUGCCCCAGAGACACGACUGCCUAUGAUUCAGUGGCUGAUGUAAAAGUUGCUUUUUCAGUGGGGUUUAUCUGCCUAAGUAGAUCACAGUGGGAUUGCUUCAGUUUGAUUGAAAUUACAACACACAGCACCGUGUGUCCUCCAUGUCUGUCCAGCUUCAAUUUACAUGCUUAACACAAUAGCUCUUGCAUUUCACCUUCAAGAAUUUGACAUUCAGUCUUUUUGGGAUUUGAAUUUAAAAGACAGUUACUCCUGCUGAUGUGGAUCUGUGGAAUUCUAUGAAGUAUCUAAAAACACCAAAUGUUUUUGUUAAUUUUCCUGUCAAAAUGUCAUAUUGUUAUUUACAAGAAUACAAACUGAUGUAGUUCAAGGCUUAAUGUAUAUAAAGGCAAACAUGUUGGCAAGAAGAUGCUUUUCUGUUUUUAUGUUUAAAUCUUCAUACAAUAAAGAAAAAACAGACAUGUUAA